UGCCGGCCUGCCCGCGCCGGGUGGGGCGGCGGGGGCCGAGCUCGGCGGCGGUAAAGGAGCCCGGGUGCCGUCACCCGGUACCGCGGGCUCGGCUCCGUGCCGUGGGCUCGGCCCGUCCUGCCCACGCUCGGCCGUGCCGCCCCGGCUGCGGCGUCAGCGGGUUUAUCAUUAACUUGCCGCGGGCAGCGGGAGAGCGGCCGCGGCCGGGCACGGUUCCCCGGCGCCGGCCCCUGCCUCCGCCGCAGGACUCUUGAACACAAGGCAACGUGCCAGGCACCAACAGCCGAGGCAGGGAGGGAACAGCUAGCCUCGGCAGCGAGGAGCAGGGCAGAGGUGGCAAACCCCGCUCUGCCCUCGGGGACCGGCCCCUGCGCAGUCCCAGUGAGGAGCGUGCCGCCAAGAUGGCGAGUGCCCGUGGGGCAGCCCCCGAUGCCGAGGACGCAGCUGAAACCGAAGAGGCCAUCUACGAGGAGGUGAAGCCCUGCAACAGGAUGGAGCUGAGCCAGCAGCUGGCCGUGGAGGAGCUCAUCACCACCGAGGCCAGCUAUGUCCACAACAUCCAGCUCUGCGUGUCGGACAUCCGGGCACACCUCCAGAAGAAGCAGCUGCCUGAUCUUGACCUGGAAGGACUUUUCUCUAACACGGACGACAUCCUCCAUGUCUCCAGACGGUUUCUGAAGGGUCUCGAGGCCACGGCCACUCAGGAGCACGAGCAGCUGCUCUGCAUCAGCGCCCUGUUCCAGGAGUUCAAGGAGGAGAUGGAAACCGUCUACAAGAUCUACUGUGCCAGCUAUGAGCAUGCCCUCCUGCUGGUGGAGAGCUACCGCAAGGACCCCAGGCUGCAGGAGGAGAUCUUGGAGACCCUGAAUGCAACAGUGCCUCACACGGGUGCGUCAGACCUCAGCUUCUUCCUGGUGAUGCCUGUGCAGAGGGUCACCAAAUACCCGCUGCUGCUGGGGAAGAUCCUGGAGAACACCCCCACCAGUGCCAGCGCCUACCCGGCCCUGCAGGCAGCCGUCCGUGCCAUGACCCAGGUCAACGCCAACAUCAACGAGUACAAACGGCGCAGAGAAGUAGCAACCAAAUACAACAAGGCCGAGCACCUGACGCUGCGGGACCGCUUUGCGCGCCUCAACACGCACUCCAUCGCCAAGAAGACCACACGGCUGAGCCGGCUCUUCAUGCACGAGGCCGGCAUCGUGGCCAAGAUGGAGGACAGGGAGUACGACGACCUGGAGGAGAAGUUCCAGUGUGUGGUGUCCAGCGUGGCUGUACUGAAGGAGAAUGUGGCGUCCUACCUCGGCCAUUUAGAGGCGUUCCUGUUGCCCACCCCACACAAGUGUGAGCUGCAGAUCAAUGAGGGACCCGCCCAGCAGUACCAACGCUUUGCAGAAUACCUCCAUUGCACUGUUUUCCCAGAGUUUAAGCGACGGCUAGACAGGCUGGUCUGCCAGCCCCUCUGCAGCCUCUCAGACAUGCUGGUGGGGCCACAACAGCUGGUCAAGAAGCGCCUGGACAAGCUGCUGGACUAUGAGGAGAUCCAGGAGCGGAAGAGCGAGAUGGGCAGCGUGACGUACGACGAGGAGGCAGCCAUGAACACCUACCUUGCCAUCAAUGCCCUGCUCGUGGCUGAGCUCCCGCAGUUCAACCAGGUGGCUCUGCAGCUCCUGGGGGAGAUACUGUGCUCCUUCAGUGCCCUGCAACGGGACUUGGCUGCCCAGGUCCUGCAGCAGGCACAAAAGGAGCUAGAGCAGAUGCCCCAUGGCCGCAUGCCUCUGCCCAGUUUCUGGAAGAUGGUGGAAGACACCUUGCAGCAGUCUGGUGCUCAGCUCCGUACCUUCUGCCAGACUUUUGAGACUGUCACACCGACCCCUGCGACACAGCCUCUGAACCCUGCUGAGGAACGGAAGGUCCUUUCCCUUGUGAGCAAGCACGGCCCAGAGAAACUUUACCAAGUGACAAGCAACAUCAGUGGCAGCAAAGACUUGGACCUGACCUUGCAAAGGGGACAGAUUGUAGCUCUGCUGCAAAGUGUGGACACUAAGGGGAACACGAGCAGAUGGCUGGUGGAUGCUGGAGGUCCCCGAGGGUUUGUGCCUGCUGGAAAACUCCAGCCCUAUUGUCCGGUACAAAGCCAGCAGCCUGGGAUGCAGAUGCCAGCCCUGGAGAGCAGCACAGAGGGAAGGCGACAUUCAUAUGCAGCACCUGAAGCUCCCAGGCCCCAGGUGGCCACCUUCACCCCAGCUUUCCAGGUGGUUGCCGGCUUCUCCUUCGCAGCCAGGAGUCCGCAGGAGGUGAGCCUCCAGGCAGGGCAGCCCGUGGUGGUGCUGGAGCCUUACGACAAGAAGGGGAGCAAGGAGUGGAGUCUGGUGGAUGUGAACGGCCAGAGGGGCUAUGUGCCCUCCAGCUACCUGGUGACAGUCCCUCUGCAGAAGCCCAUGGGCUGGAGCUUGCCUGUGUGAGCCCGGCCAGCCCGGCACCCAAGGGCACAGGCUUCGUUGGAUGAGAGCCGUCUGCUUGGCACCCGAGGGCUCGUCACGGGCGAUGCUGGAGGGGGGCGGCUGUGGUGGCCCCAGGCUGGGAAGGUGGUGGGAAGCAGGUGGCAGAAUACGGCCCGGGGGAUGUGGGUGCAAGCGACAGCAGUCAGGAGGCACGUUUUGAUGGGUAGGCGUGAGGGUGCCAUGUCCCAUACGUGUUUGCACAAAGGAGAGGCGUAUGAGGGAGUGAGGGCAGGUGGCUGCAGUUUUCCAGGGAUUUGCUGAAAUCCAUAUCAGUGACAAAAGUGUCCCUAGGGGUGACGAGACAGCAUUGUCCCCACUUAGAUCAGGACCAAGCUGCAAAGAGUGCAGUGCUGCAGAGGGGGUCUUCAGCCUGGCACGGAGCAUCUGGGGCUCUUGGGAAGAGGCCCUCAGGGGGAUCGCUGGUUUGAGUGCGGAGGCCGAUGCGGAGCAGCCCCAGAGGCACGGCUCCUCACCGGGGUGUCACACCUGCCUGGGUGCCCACCCUGAUGUGCCAUUGUGGUCCCUUCGGCGGCACAGCCUUCGCGUCCUGCUAAAGGGCACGGCAACGUCAGCGUGCGCCCGGCCGCACCGGCCGCGAUGGACGGGUGCCGGGCUGAGUGCUGUGUGUCCUCCCCAGCCCUCCUGGCCACCGAGCAUCGCUCCCGGCCUCAGUUUCCCCCCCCGCCGCCGCCCCGCAGCGGGGCUGAUGCCGCUGACCCAUUUGAGAGGCGCUUUGAGCUCUGGUGACGAGGAGCGCUCUGUACACCACCGAUGCUAUUUCGUGUGACCGAUAGGCUGACAUUAUACUAUAUCACACCGUCUCUCCGCCCCACCCGUGCUGAUGGGGGGGCUGCGCAGCGCCCGUGGCAGCCCGGCGCGGUGGCAGCGCGGCCGCGAGGUGGCAGAGCCGCCCCGCCCGCCGCCCAGCGCGCCUCGGCGGCGGCACUGGGAGCACUGGUUUGGGGGCGCUGGCAGGCCGUGGAGGGGUUUCGCCGCUGCGGUGGAGUGUGCGUGUCCUUGGGCGGCGUGGGGACAACCCGAGGCGGCGGGGCUGGCGGUACCGGCGUGAGCACGGCUGUGCCGGGGCAGGGGCUGAAGGCGAGCUGCGCGCCGCUUCCCUCCCAGGCGGUGCUGCUCGGGGCUGGGGGUGAAGAGCACGGCUCCGGGGGUCCUCGGGACACCCCGUCCCCCUCGCCGACCCGCGCAAAUCUCCAGCGGUUUGACACACGCGUGCUCUCUAGAAGCACAGCCCCCCCUGGAAGAGGUUUUGGGGAGAACCAACCUGUGUGGGUUGACCCUGACCUAAGGCUCGGUCUGGGGACGGAGACGUCGCAGCUCUGUGCCUCAGUUUCCCCAUGGCUUGCUCUGAUGCUGUGCUGUUACGUGAUGCUGAUGGGGCUCAGGUCAGGGAGCCGUGCCCACGGCAGUGCUGACAUGGUGUCAGAGGGGAAUUCGGGAGCUCCCGGCUGCAGCCCUCAGGGACUGGCACCGUGCUCCCUCCAUGGGAGAGCUCAGCCCACGGUGCCACGCUGCCCACCCUUCACCCACUGCCAGCAGCGGAGCGUGGAGGCACCCGCCGGUGCAGCAGCCUGGCGUCGUCCCGGCUGCCCUGGGCACCUGCCGCUUCCCACAUCAAAGGUGCAAUGGCCUGACUGGCGAGCGCUGGCAUGCUGGCUCCUGCGCCCUGCCUGGCAGGGAGGCGGCAGGCUUGGCCACCCACGGGCUCCCCACAGGACGCGCUUUGGUGACUGGGUGUGGGUUCCCGCAGUGCUGCCCUGCGGCUGUGGCUGCAGACUGGGCAGGGGGGGGGCAGAGGUGGCGUGUCCUCACUGAAGCUUGCACCGUGUGGGGAGGGAUGAGGUGGGUGCCGGGCAGGUGGGGACAGGCCCCAGAUGCUGCUGUGCACCCCACACGUGGGUCCAGGUGCCUGGUUUGGGGCAGAGCUGUCUGUGGGGCUCACCCUCUUUUGUACCUGCAGGGUCCUGGGACUUUUUAUCUGUGGGGAGGCUGGGGGCUUGCUACCUCCUCCCAGGUGCCAUUGAAAGCCCCAAGCAAAUGCUCACCCACAUGAAACCUGGGAGGGGACGGCAGCACCGGAGAUGGGGACAUAGCCUGGGGAUGCUCCCAGCCUGGGGAAAGGCCGAUGGGCUCCUCAGGAAGGGAAAGCGGGCAGGGUGUGGGGACGAGGGCCGCUGCGCAGGGGCUGUGUUUCUGAGGGUCCCCUGCCCAGCCCCAGCCCUGCAGCAGCAGGGCUUACACCUCCAGCUCGCUGCUGAUGGCUCCUCCGGAUUUUUCCGUUCCUAAUCAAAUCACAUCAGGUCGGAUUUCCCUCCCGAGUUGCCUUCCUGCGAGCUCAGUGGGGCGCAGAUGCAAUCAGCCCUGCGCCAGUGCAGGCAACAGCAGGAGUCAGUGGCUCGAGCAGGUCCUGCUCUGUAGCCCACAGGUGCCUGGGACCCUUUGGAGGGUGAAAGGUGACAGCGGGACAAGGAGCGCUGAGAAAUUGCUGCUGCCUGUGCCCUGAUCUGCCCGCUGGAAGGAGACCUGUGGCGGGCAGGACUUGAUAGGCAGCUUAUAAAACUGGUUGGGCUUUCUCUGUCCCACUCAUCAGGACUCUGGAUUUCAUGUGCUCUGAAACAACAGCUCCCCUUUCCCUCCCUCCAGCCACCGCCGGUGCUGCCUGUGUGUCAGUGCUGGCCAGAAGCUCUUUGCCCUGCCUGCAGCCAGCAUGGGGGUGCAGGCUGUUGCGAGGUGUCCUAGACCCCCGCUGCCUCCCCUGGGUCCCCGCUCUACCCAUCAAAUGUCCGACUACCAGCGCUUGCUAGGGCUGACAGGCAUGAAGGGCAAGGUGAAAGAGCCCACGCACAUCCCACCGGGAGAUGUACAUGAGCCACACACCAGUGCUCUGCGGGAGGUGGCAGCACACCGGGGACACGCUGCUUGUGUCAGGCACCGGCUGCCUGCCCCCUGCCAGAUAACGCGGUUGUGCUCCAGGCUGGUUCAGCCGAGGCACCAAGAGGCUCCUCUGAAUGGUGCUGAGGCGGCCAGCACCAGCACCCUGCUCAGCGGCUGUGGCACUGGUGCCCUGCCUACCCUGAGGUCCUGGCGGCGGCUGGAGCGUGCUGUGGGUGUCCCUGCUAGGAAGAGGGAAAUUAGCUGUGCAGCUCCUCCGGUCUUUGGACCCAAAGGGCUGAGCUGGGCUCUGCAGUACCCACCAGUCCUGCUGCCAACCUCGACGGCCGUGGGACCUUCCCCAUGGGGUCUGUCCUCAGGACAUGGCCUAGUACUUGGCUGCAGGACACGGGGCACCGACAUCCCUCUCUUCUCCCAUGAUUUCACCCAAACUUGUUCCACCUGCUGCUGCCCGGAGCCUGGAAGUGCCCCCUUGGAGUCACUGGAGGGUACGGGGCUCUUCCAGCCUAAACACGAAGGGGAAUAAAGGGCAAAAGUGUGCCUUUAAAUAGCCUGGCAAGGACAGGUUCUCCCGGGAGGAAUGCUCUGGCUGGCCUGGCGGAACAUGCUCGUGGCAGGGGGCAUGGGGGGUCAGCUGGGCAGCGAUGGCUCCUCGCCAGGAGGUCGGGUCAAGGUUAGGCAUCACCCCGGCCGGGCGCCGCUGUGCCGUGUCUCGGCACUGUGGGAGCAGAGCCAUGCAAGGGGGAGGGAAAUGCAUGCCAGGCCGGGGUCUUGCCGUGCCCGGGGCUGAUCGGCAAGGUGGCAGCGGAGCCGGGCAGGCGCUGCUGACUGCAACCUGCCUGCCGACCCGCAAGAGGUUUGGCACCAGCACAGCCUGGCUGCCGGAGCAGCCUGCCGGGCAGCUCGGGUUGUCCAGGAGCGGCUGCUGCACUCCCGUCCGGGCUGAUUCAUAUCCUGGACGUGCAGGCAUUUGGAUAGUGUCCACCCGUGGGGUGUGACAGCGCACAGCCGUGUCCCCAGAGUGCAGGGCGCCAGCCCGGCCACAUGCCGGAGAGCAGGAUGGUGGCAGGUCAGACUCCGCUCUCCCCUGCUUUGCGGGGACACGGCGGUAGCUGCGGGCAGGGUGGGGAGCCGCAAAGCACAUCUCCAGAUGGAGACACCUGGAUCGCGGGGAGGAUGGCUGCGUGCCCAGGUGUCGAUGUGCCCGCUGGCUCUUGCUGGGGCACCCGGGCGGCAGGGAGGCGCGAGAGGAAAGCAGCUGCCAGGGAAGCCCCAAGCCCAGGCUCCCAAACCCAGACCCGUCCUCUCACCGCGGGGUGCCAGGAGGGGAGUACGGGUGCAGCAGGGCUGCGGUGGGCAGGGAAGGAGGGGAGCAGGGGAACCCAGCGGGAGCAGGGUGGCUGCCCUGGGCUGAAGGGCACAGCCAGCCCCAGCGGAGCUGUGCCUGCAGGCAUGGUGCUUGAGUUCACCACCACUGCCGGGCUGAGCUGGCUCCGAGCAGAGCCAGGCUGCCGGCUGCACUGUUCCCAGGCGCCCGCCCGUGUGUGGGAGCAGGGUGGCCCACAAGAAGCAGCCUCGGCACCCUGGUCCCCUGCCGCCCACGCUGGUUCCGCUCGCCAUGCUGCCAGCCGUGAUCAGCAUGGUGCUGCGUGGCCUGAGGGAGGGCUGAGCCCCACGGAGAGUGGCCCUGGGGCUGCGAGACAGGAGCGGAGGUGUGAGCAGCAGCGCUCGCUCCAGGCUUGCGCAGCCAGCACCUGAAUUGUCUAAUAAAGUGUGAAAUUGCUUUCAUGCUCUGCUA